CAAACUAAUCAUUAUAUUAAAAUAUAAUGUGCGCCAACACACAUAUUUACUUCUUAACUUUUUAUUAGUAAUAAAAAAAACCAAAAAUAUUCAAAACAGCGAAACGAUUUUUAAUCGCCGGCACGAGUGACGUCACACUAUACGUCACUAACCAGGAACUAACUGUCAAAAAUCCAAACACCAGCCUCACGUAUGAGGCAGAUAAAACAGAUUCAGUUUUGUUGCUUGCACAGUAUAUUGCCUUAAACGUUUUGUAAUGGCUAGGAAGACUAAGAAAGAGGAAUACUACCGUUUCUUCACCGUUACAGAGCCACGCACACACGAGAAAGGACACACGGAAUAUAAAGUAACAGCAAGGUUUGUAUCAAAGAAGAGACCAGAGGAUGUGAAAGAAGUAGUGGUAUGGAGAAGGUACACUGAGUUGAAGAAGCUGCAUGGAGAGCUGGCUUACACUCAUAGGAACCUAUUCCGAAGACAGGAAGAGUUUCCCCCCUUUCCCCGAGCACAGCUUUUUGGUCGGUUUGAUGAGGCUGUGAUUGAGGAGAGGAGGAAGGCAGCAGAAGCCAUGCUGCUCUUCACAACCAACAUUCCUGCAUUGUACAACAGUCCUCAGCUCAAAGAAUUCUUCAGGGGAGGAGAGGUGAGAAGACCAUUAGACCCAUCCAUCUCUUCUUCUACACCUCUACCUCCCCCUCUCAUCCCAUUACCUAAGGGGCCCACUGGACUGGGAGCUGAAGAGGAGACAGGGAGGGAGGCUCCAAUCCUGACCCAGGAACUGGAGUCUACGUUGGGUGAAAAGGAGCUUGGCGAGCCUGAGAUGGCGGUGGAGGCUCUCAGUAACAUGGAGAUAAGCCCAGUACAAGAGAGACAGGAAGAGAAAGAGGAAGCAGAAGUGAAUUUCAGCACAGACCAACUAACCACAGUUCCCAGCCCUGAGCCUCCUGGAUCUCCAGUUGAUCAAUCAGAGGAGUUUGAUUCACUCUUUGACUGUGUAUUGGAGGAACAUGUGGAUGGUGCACAGCCCCUUCUCUCAGACAACGACCUAGCCAUCUUUGACCCAUGUGCCAAAGAAGAUCAGGGCUGUGGAUCUCCUGAUCACUCUGAGCUCCUGUCCCUCAAACUGACCACUCAGGAUAGUCCGGUGUGUGGUGAGGAGGCAGACUAUGUGAUCCAGGCAACCAGUGAGAUGACUGCAGCCCAGGAGAGUGAGAAAGAGGGAGACCACAGCACAGCAAUAAUUCGAUACAGAGCAGCAGUGGAAAUCCUCAUGAAAGGAGUGCGAGGAGAUGUGGAUCCUCAGCAAAGGGAUGCAGUGAAGAGGAGGGUAGCUGAGUGCCUCGAGCAUGCAGAGCGACUGCUCUCUUCACAGACUCCUACUCAACAGCACAACACGUAGCGCACGCACACGCACACAUACACACAAACACAUAUCUUUACAGUACUGAUAGAGCCACAGCACCACACACACACACACACACGCAGAGAAUUACAUACCUCUGCUUCACUAUAACUUAAGUGUUACCAUUCAACAACCCUCGAAACUGACAUACGUUUUCACUUUUUUAUUCCCGCAUUUACUUACUAGCUUUAUCUUACCUACAGUCACAACAGGUCUAUGCAUACAACAUGAGCACAAGUUCUCAACACUAUGUUCUUUUUACACUAUGGGAUUAAAAACAACUCAGACAGUGGACUUCCAUUUUCUUUUCAUGACAUUUCAGAGAAUACACUCUAUUUAUAAUCCAGUGCUAUAUUUUACUGUAUUUUUAUUUAAAUUAAUUAUUGUUAAUAUUUGUAAUGUCUUUGUUUGAUUAUGUGCCCUUUUGGUAAACAAGAAGAGUUGGUAAAAAUGGCUGAGUGUAAUUGCGUUAAACUACCACCAGGUGUCCCCAUUAUGCAUCAUGUUCAAACUUCUGUUACUAUGGACUAAAUUCCAAAUAUUAAAUUUAACAUAUUUACACAUGUUUUAAUACCUACACACCUCGCACUCGGUGUAGUUUAUCAGGGUACGUUUGAUGCAUUUUAGUUUUAUUUAAGGCUAAUACAACUAACAAAUAAAUGAAGCCUAUGGCUACCAUUUUGCAUCAAUCUGCAGGCUAAAUGGCACACUUGUUAAGGGUUGAUAGAUUACACAUAAUGACAUAGUGUUAUUUGUAAAAAGUAAACAAAAAUAAACUAAACAAGACUUUUUAAACUUGA